AAAGCGGACGGAUGUGCGUAGUCCUGUAAGCAAUCUGUUCUAACGGUGUGUGCGUGCUUAUGAAAAAAACCACACACAUGCAAAGCAGAAUGUCUUCAGUGUACUGAGUUGUGGUGACAAUAAAUGGGUAAUUCCCACAUAGCUGUUCAUCUCUGGUAAAAGUCUCUAACCGGACACUUUAAAGAGGAUCUGUUAUCAUAUGGCAAAUUCACAUAAAAGAAAGAAGAACUACCAGUAGCCACUCAUUUUUACAUGUUCAUUUACUGUUGUUCUCUGAUUACUGUCAAGGUAGUCUGACAGUUCAUCCACUUUCCUUAUCUGUGGAGACAUGUAACAACAAGACUUGUCUAUACAGGCAUAACAGUCACACUCUUGAAUUCCAGAAAUCAUCUGUUGAAAUCAUCUGUUAUUGUGCCAAAGUGAAACUUGAAUGUUUGAUUAGUUCAGCGUGUUCUAAGGGUUUAAUAUAAUAUUUAAAACCAGCUGUCUAGUACUUGUUUCCUCAAUCUGCAUUUGUCAUUUCAACACACUAACUUCCACCAGGCUUGGAGCUGGUGCAACACAUCCUUAAAAGCAUAUUUCUUAAGCUUAUAAAACAAGUAUAAAUCCUGCAAGGAAAAAAAGAAUGCUGUGACUUUUUUGACCAAAUGUAUGUGUGUGUUUUAUAUGAGACUCACCAGCUGCACAUGCUCAGUGCAGUCCUGAGAGACCUUGCGUGUAAACCACAUUCUGAUUCACUCAAGAUACAAGAUCUGCUGUAAGAUCUGAGAAUUUUCCAAAUCAGCUCACCCAUUCAAACGGAUCACUUCAACCUGCUAGACAAGCCAUGGAUUUUGAGAACGGCAAAGAAGGAUGUAAUAAUUGCAAACAGAAUUGCAAUAACAAAUGCCAAUGUCAUUGUCAUACAAUAACCCAAAGUCCAAAUCCUAGUGAAAGGACUGAUGAGAAGAUGUCUGAGACACCUGAAAGGCCUUUGGGAGAUUGUGGCUCCUGUCAUUGUGGCUACUGCCCUUUUGUCCCCUGUCACUGUGGCCCUUGUGAUUGUGACUGUGGUGAUGGUGGCGCCGGCGAUGGUGGCGCCGUUGAUGGUGGCUCAUGUGAUUGUGGCUCAUGUGAUUGUGGCCCCUGUGAUUGCGGCUCCUGUGACUGUGGCUCCUGUGACUGUGGCCCCUGUGAUUGCGGGUCCUGUGAUUGUGGCUUCUGUGAUUGUGUCUCCUGUAUUAUUCAGUGAAUGUUUGGAGAAAGUUGACAGUAAUUCAGUAAUUCAUCUGUACAGAGUAGAUGGAUUUGUGGAGACAGAGCAGCACUCCGGACAGUUCCAGCUCCAUUAAGGAACAUCAUCAACACAAAGACAACAGUGAUCUACUGUGAUCUACAGUAAACAUCAGGACAUCUUUAGUGCCAUAAUGGAUGAUAAACAUCAUAAAGUAUACUAAAUAUAUGUAUAUAUCAAAUAUUAUCUGUAUCAUAUAAACACAGUUCCAGCCAAAAGAUCAAAGUAAACUAAAUAACAGAUCAGGUUUCCUUUCUUUCUUUUUUCAGUGCUCUGAAUAUAUGUAUUUUUAAGGACAUUUAUCUGUUUCAUUGAUAGGAAAAUUGUUACAUUUGACCAUAUUUUCUCCAUAAAAGACAAUUAUUUCUCAACCCUGAGAUGAUUUUUUAAAUGUUUGUUACAUUAUAUUUUUUGUACAUCAAAAUCAUGCCAAUUGCCUUUAUUUUGAGGGGGGAAAACCUUUUUUUUUUUCAGUAACACACGUAAUCAGUUAAACAAUUUGAUGUGAAGUGUGAUGAAAUUGUGAAUGAAGUGAAUGUAUGCAUUGUCAAUGUAAAAUUAUUGUAAAGUUAUACUGCAUUGUCUCUGAAAAAAAAAAAAAAAACAUUUUUAUUUUUACAGUGUGGCCUCCUUUACACUAAGAGUCAGAUUAACUAAAUGAAACCCAAAUAUAGUGAUAGUGAAUGUGAUAUUUUCAUUUGGUCAUGUUUUUUUAUUUUUUUUUUUUUUUUGUUUCAGUUUAUAUUAAGCAAUAUGUUUAUUACUGGCUUCAAAUUAAAUGUGUUCACUGUAUUACUGAACUGCCACCUCUGCUGCCAGUAUCUUACUGUUAUAUUUGAGCAUGUUAUUGCAGUAUAUAAUCAACUCUUCUGUUUCUGUUGAAGUCUAAACUUCAGUUGAUGGUCUUUGACUGUUAUUUUUGUUAUUUUUGUAAAUGUUUGGCACCCUGUGCUGCCAUUCAUUGAAUAAUUUUUUUAACACUUUGUAUAAAGUGUACAUGCUGUUAACAAGCA